UGCAGGUUGAUGUAAUACCUCUCUAUUUAGGGAGGAUACACAUCACGAUAAGGAUCGUUUGGAACAAACUGUGGAAUGCUAGAAAUCGCUACAUUAUCUUACCUCCAAAGUAGCCACCACGAUACACUCUAGCACCCUCGAGAUCGUCAUAAGUGGACCCCAAAAUGCCGCUUACAAAGGAUAUUUUACGAGAAGGGGAUGGGCAAACCUUUCCCCAGAAGGGCGAUAUGCUCACUAUGCACUACAAAGGAACAUUGGCUUCGAACAAUAGUAAGUUUGACAGUAGCUACGACCGCAAAACUCCAUUCCAAUUCAAAAUUGGACGAGGAGACGUCAUUCAAGGCUGGGACGAAGGGGUGCCGCAAAUGAGCUUGGGGGAAAAGGCAAUCCUCCAUAUUCCAUCCGACUUGGGAUACGGGGCUCAAGGCGCUGGUGGAGUUAUCCCUCCCAACGCCGAUUUGGAUUUUGAGGUGGAGUUAUUGGGUAUUGGGGACAAGAAAGCUAACGUGCCCUCAGAGUCAUCGUGCUGUGCCAUCCUUUAAAUUUGAUCCGGAUAAAUUUAAUUACUGAUGUCUUUCAUUC